AGUUUUAGUCCAAGUUAAAUACACAUACUAUAUUAUAUUUUUUAUUCUUCGGGUAGCCGGGAAAUCAAGAUUCCGGCAGCCCAACGAUUAUAUACCUAUUUUCUUACUUGGGUAGCCGGAAAAUAAGAUUCCGGCAGCCUGAGUUGUAUAAAGAUAAAACUUGUUUAUAGACAAGUCAUUUUUUACAAUCAAUAUUGGGGAUUAAUGGCAAAAGGUCGAAAAUUUCCCACCAGUCGGAGUGAACGUUUCUUAGGAAGUUUUGGUUACAAUCAAAACACGGAAAUUGUCAAGGCCGAGCCGGAGCUGGGAGAAGAUGAAGUUUGGUCAAUGGUGGAUGACACGGUGGAGGGGGAUCAUGGUUCCAAUGGAGACUGGAGUUCACGCUCUUCUAUGGAGAGUUUUGGGAGCUUCAAUAGUCGUCGGAGCCAACGUGGAGAUCACCUCAACCAACAUCGCAGCGGCGGCGGCAAUGAAGUUGGUGGCUUGUCGUUGGCUUUUGAUGAUUCGACCAAAGCAUCAUCACCUAGGAUCGUCCACCAAUUCCGAGGCAAGGACAACAGGGCUGAAUCACCGUGUGGACGCCACGUUGCCACUUCAGCCCCAGUGAACGUCCCUGAUUGGUCGAAGAUUUAUCGAGUUGACUCAGUUGAAUAUCUCCACGAUUUUGACGAUGGGAUGGCUGACGAUUCGUCAGAUAUGAUUCCACCACACGAGUAUUUGGCACGGAGCCGAAAAAUGGCUGCGAACUCGGUGUUUGUGGGCGUUGGCCGGACACUCAAGGGACGAGACUUGAGCCGAGUCCGUGAUGCCGUGUGGAGCCAGACCGGGUUCAAUGGCUAAUCAUGAUUAAAAUAAAACGAGGGUUAAUCGUAAAUCAGGCAUUAAAAAAGUUGCAAUCAUGGUUAAUCAUAAUUAGUAGCCUAAAUUAAUAUAUAAUUUCUCCCCGUUACUGAGUUGGACCUAGUGAGUUGUAAUAGUAUAUGGGAUCGAUCCCCCAAUUUUUCUCGUCUUAUUGUUUUAUGUUAGAAUUUGGACAAUUUUGGUUCAUUUUCGAUCACUAUCAAGUGUCAACCCCAUUAAAAAUUUAAGUUCAAUAGAUUUAAUACAUAUUCUAAUGUGUGUAGUGCGGGAAAUUCUUGGGACAA